AUGGCACAGCCGCCAAGGCCUUCUGCAUUGUUGUCGAAGGAACCCACAAGCAACCGGAGUUCUUGGCGGUUUCCACCGCUGGUCUGCCGUAAUCUACUGGGUAGGACCGUGAGGGUUCCUCAAGACCUCCAGGGCCAGCUCAGUGUUCUAGUUGUGGGGUUCAAGGCCGCCCACUAUGAUGAUAUGAAUUCUUGGAUGCCCUUUGCAACCAAGCUAGGGAGAGAAAUUAUGGAGAAGCACAAGCUUGACGUGCCCCUGGUUCAAUCUUACAGGCUGGUUGUAAGGCAUCGCGCGGGUGUGUUACUCCGUUGGUGGACGGACGAGAGGUUGCGUUUUGCAAUAGGCACAGAAUACUCCGAGCCAAGUAUGCCUAGGGCAGAGAAGGUGAUAGAGAAGGCCGGAGAGACAGGUUUGGGUCCUGCAGGAGAAACUCUAGACGCAAGAGAAGUCCUAGACCCUGCAGUUGAGCCACCCGCAUGUAUCAAAGUAGAGUCGGCUGACAGUUCCUCCGGAGGCCAAACGCCUGAAGAAAUUCGUCUCGCUACACUGUAUGCAGCUCGCUCUCGAACUCUUGUUUGCUUCACUGACAAGAGCGCAUUUGUGGACGCGCUGCAGCUGGCGGAUGCUCAGCGAGUUUACGUUUUCCUUUUAGACAAGACAGGGGAUAUCGCAUGGAGCGUGCUACCUUCUGCAGAUGGAACUGCAGAGAGCAAACAAGAUUAG